CAAUGGUAGAUGAGCACGUAGGAUCAGAACAAGGCUCAGAGCAUAUGAAAUUGAAAUUAUUAUCUACACUUUAACGCAUACGAUAGUACUUGAACUACCCUACAUAUGUUGUCUUCCCCUUAAAGGUUUAGUCAUUGGUACCAUUCUAUCAGGUAUCAUUGGUGUUGGAAAUUCAGCUGUUGUAAUUGGACUUUGGCCAGCUCAUUUUGUUUGGACGUACUUGUGUGUGGCAAAGAGCAAAAGGCUUGGAUGUGUUCUAAAGAGUACAGUUCUGGUGUUAUUGCCACUACCUUUGAUUCUUUGGCCAAUCAUGGCGGUUCUUGGAAGCCUUUUUGGUGGCUUAGGCUAUGGAUUCUUUGUUCCCUUAGUAGCAACAUUCAAGGCCAUUAACGAGGGAGUCACUCACAAAAUCUAUCAUUGCUUUGUUGAUGGUACGGUGUCUACUAUCAAAGAGGGCCUCACUAUAGUAAUGGAUUUUACAGACUUUUGCUUCCACUCAUACUUCUCCUACAUGGAUGAACUUUGUGAGGAAGUGUAUCUCGAUGAGAGACUCAUGGACGUAAAGUUGUCAAACUUGCCUACUAGUCUUCUGGUUUCUGUGCUUGCUAUUAUUGUGGAUGUGCCCCUCAUUACUGCUGUUGCUAUUUGGAAGAGCCCAUGCGUGUGGUUUAGGGGUUGGAAACGUAUGUUAGAGGACUUGGUUGGAAGAGAAGGCCCAUUCUUGGAGACUGCAUGUGUCCCUUUUGCAGCUCUUGCAGUCCUUUUAUGGCCUCUAGUGGUAGCGGGAUUUGUUGUAGCAUCCUUCGUUUCGAGCUUUUUUCUUGCAAUGUAUAGCGGGGUUGUUGUUCAUCAGGAAGACUCAUUUCGGUUCGGACUCACAUACAUUGUGGCAGCAGUUUCAUUGUUUGAUGAGUACACUAACGACUUACUUGGCCUGAGAGAGGGAUCGUGUUUCAUCAGGCCUAGAUACCGCAGAGACACAAGUUCUUCUAGUGAAGAUAAACUCGAAAACAACUCAAUUGAUCAUCGCAAUGAAAGGGAAGAAUCACGAAGUCCGAGUAUGGGGUCCACACAACCGAGGCAAGCUAAGCAGAAAUAUACACCAAUGCAGGUGUGGGGAUGGCUUUUUAAAUCGUGUGAGGUGAAUGGAAGAACACUACUCCGUGAAGGUCUAAUAGCUAUCGAAGAUAUUGUGGACGGCAUUGUGAAGGGAAAUUCGAAAAACCUAGAUGUCAAACUUCCUGCUUUCUCCAUCUUACAGUGUCUUCUUGAAUCAGCAAAGUCCUAUUCGGUUGGCUUGGUCAUUUUUGAUGGAGUGGAGUUAACAAAGACUAGUUGCCCGCAAGACAUAAUAUUUGAGUGGUUUGUUGGACCACUUUUAGUCAUGAAGGAGCAAAUGAAGAUACUUCAACUUGGAGAUGAAGAGGAAGUUUGCCUAAGGAAGCUGAUAAUGUGUUGCCAAAUCGGCAGGUCCACUGAAUCGGACGAUAUUGGAUUCUUAUCCAAUGACAAUGUUAGAAGAGCGCAAUUACUAGCGAUAAUGAGGAGGUUGCAGGGGAUUGGUAAAUCAAUAUCACGUAUGCCUACAUAUCGGAGG